UCCCGACAUGGAGGCGAUCUUAGAACAUGAGCAUAGAGAAGAGGAUGAUUUCUAUAAAAUUCUGAAUUGUAGCGAACAUUCAACGAUAGAACAGAUAAAUACAGAGUACAAGAUCCUUGCUUUGGAAUAUCAUCCUGAUAAAAACCCUGGUGACCAUGCUGCAGACGAAAAAUUUGCAAGACUUCAAAGAGCAAAGGAAGUAUUAUGUGAUCAGGAGACAAGGAAGAGAUAUGAUCAAUGGAAAAAUUCUGGAAUUGCGAUGUCAUAUGACAAGUGGUGUGGUUUACGGGAUUCUGUACAGACAUCCAUGCACUGGGCAUCUAUUAAACCCCAACCCAUGUUGGAUCACCCUGAUCACAAGAUAAAACCACGAAACCAACAGCCUGUCAGAGCCACGACCACAUCAAACCCGCUAGGUAAUGCAGUCACAAGAGAAGCUUCCUCAGCCCCAUGGGAAAGAGAUGCGGCUUCUGUUACUCUUUCCAAGUUUAGAAACUAUGAAAUUUGACAAACUAAGGUCACGACCAGAUGGCUGUAUUACUAAAGAAGGAUCAAUAUUAUUGGUAUAAGGACACAUUCAAGUCAUUUAAUAUCAGAUAUGAAGGGAAAUAUUCUGUGUCUUGCUUGAUAUAUAGGUACAUUGUACAUUUUUGAAAACAAUCUUGAAAACAUAAACUUGACCAUUUCUAUAUAUGUUAUUACAAUUACACCGGGGUUGGUACUGUCUUGUUUAUUUGUAAAAUUAUUUCAAUUACAUAUUGAAAUGUUCCUCCAUAAAAACGAGUUAAUUUCCUACUUUUUUAUGUACUCUGACAAUUACAUUCCUGUCAUCAACUGCUAACAUGUGAAAACAUGCUCUGAAUCCUUCUUGCUAUAUCUUUUAGGGCUUUAGAAGUCUUUACUAGUUACUUGAUUUGAAACCAGAUUUCAAAACAUGGAUUGAGCUGUAGCUACUCCAGGGUGCUGUGAGAGUACAAGAACUAGAAGUUUUAUAUCAAGUCAUGUGUAAGAACACUGAACAACUUUUAAAAUUUUAAUAUUAACAGAACAAGGAUAAAGAUUGUAUAAAAUGGUACAAUACAUAGAAUAGAUAUUACUGAUAUUUUAGAUAAGGUAUUAAAGUAAUUGUGUAUGGACAGGUGAAUAUCACAAGGGCUGAAAAAGCAUCAGUAGCAUGUGAUAUUGUGAGUUUGUCUGGCUCAGUAAUGCAUACAAUUUUUAAGAAGGGAAUGAGCAAAUGAGUGUUGAGAGGGUCCAUGUGUGUAAGGAAACUGAAGUACCCGGAGAAAACCUUAGUUGGGCAAGGUUGCCCCAUACACAUCACAUCUGAUUUGUAAAUAUAACCUUUGUGAAGGAUAGGAGUGGUAUAUCGUAACCAUUAUGCCAUUGGCCUACUUAUAUAAAUGGUUCUCUCUGUAGAUUGUCCAGUAUGCUGUUAGAUAGUAUAGAACAGAAAACUUCUCAGAGCUCAACCAUCCAAUUAAGGCUACCGUAUAAUAUUUCUUUUCAAGCUCUUCUGGAAGGACACAAAAAUCUUUGUGUAAAUCAAUGCACGGAAAUGUUUUGUUUAGAUUUUCAAAGAAUUUCUUGUAUAACACAUACUCUUCCUAAAUUUGACCUCAAGGUGCACAGAAGAUUUGUAAGAAACUUUUUGGGCAGUUGCUGAACUUCACUGUCCAUCAUUAGCUUUCUUUGGAUUUUGGUAAUCAUUUGACUCACUUGUAGGAGUGGUUCUGUUAAAAAAAGAACAAUAUGUAUACAUUGAAAUACAGGUUACUCUUCUUGAGAAUAAAAUAGGUAAUGCAAAUGAGGUUUAAUGGUAGGAGAGAAUUGUUCAAGCAUGCUAGAAAUGCAGAUACAAUAUAGAUAUAUAAAAAUUCUUAGUGUAGAAAGGGAAAAAACUGAAUGUGUAAAUUUUAUAAGUGUAUUUUACACUAUUUCAUAACAAGAAGAUCUUCAGAUCAUUAAAUGUCUUUCAGAGAUAACCGUUAACACUGUUAAACAAUACAUAUGGAUAUAUAUAGCUUUAAUUCAAAGUCAGUUGUUUCCAUUAUGCCUGGAGAAGGUAGUAGAUUAUGUAUCACAUUCCAUUAUUCCAUUUGUAAUUUUUAUUAUAUAUGUAUCUAUUGUAUUUACCUGUAAUUUUAUGAUACCUUGUUACAGAUACAUGUUAUGUAAGGGAGACA